AUAGGAAGCGGUUCGGGGCAGCAAUCGAUUACAGCUUUCGCCGAAGCAGACGAUAGCAACAGUUUCUGGCUUAUACAGGCCGGUGCAGGCAAGAGAUGCAAGCGAGGUGAGCCGGUACCGUGUGGAUCGAUAGUACGCUUACGCCAUGCCAACACAAAGGCAUAUCUUCACAGCCAUCUCCACUCUUCGCCGUUGUCACGGCAGCAGGAAGUCAGCUGCUAUGAUGGUGAAGAUACUGGCGAUGAUUGGAAGGUGGAAUGUCCAUCAGGAAAAUACUGGACUCGUGAGGAGCCUAUCCAGCUGUCACAUAUGGAUAGCAAGACCUAUCUGACAUCUAGCACUAGCCAUCAAUAUGGACAACCUAUUCCGGGCCAACUGGAAGUAGCAGCUGCAAAAACUUCAUCCAAAUCAACACAUUGGAUAGCACAGGUAAGAAGGGUAUUCUUCGGGCUAGGACGCAAGCCUCAUGGUAGAAACUUACAUAAGAGUUGCUUUUACUUUUGGUUUAAAAAUGUAGGAGGGCAUCUAUUUUGCAGAAAAUACACAGUAGAAGGGAGCAAAAAAAAAUAUAAAAUAGACUUUUCAAAAGAAAGAAGAAUGUGGACGAGUUGUGUGUGA